CCUUGAACACGCGACAUGGCCUGACUACUCAUCUUCUCCUUUACAACGUGUGACAACCUCCCACGAUCUCACCAUCCAUAGCAAGUCCGCCGUGCCACCACGUUUGUAACGCAAUGGAGGAAAACUCGACGUAUAACGACUCGAAAAGUUCGAUCCUCAACUUGACUGGGCAAGGUCCAUCAGGGGUUUCACCGCUCGAACAAGAAGUCCUGGACGAGUACGACCGGUUGUCCAAGAACAUGAAAGAACUCUCAUCGACCUUGGCGACACUAUCGAGCGGGCCCAUGACGCUCGAGAUCGCAGAAGGACUUCGCCUGCUGGAGCGGAAGGUGGCCAGCGUGUACACCCUGAUGAAGGCCAGUGUGUACAGCAUAGUAUUACAACAAGGCCAGUUGGAUGGUAUGGAUGAAGAAGGAUUUCAACCCGAACACGAUCAAGGCUAGGGUUUGAGAAGAAAAAGAAGAAACCACGUCGGUAGCGAUGAAACCAGGCCACACGUCCUGACGGACGACCGGAACGCGACGACGAUUCUCCAGGGGUGCACAAAUAGAACAACAUCCUGGGCUGGAUUGCCAGAGUUCCCAGCACCUUGCUACGAAUCUGCAGGCGGGAUUUGUAACAAUAAUGUAUGAUACAGGUCUGCCUUGAAGUACAGCUCACUUGCCCUCACAAGCAUGAUGAACACAAUCUAUGUCUGUCCGGCGUAGUAGACUUUUCGCACAU